AUGGAGAACGAAAGGCUCGCCGCCUUCCAGCGCACCCUCCACCCCUCCCCCAUCCACCUCGACGUCCUCCGCCAUCUCUCCUCCAGAGGUAUCCCGAACCACCCCCCGCAUCUCCGCCCCUUGGUAUACUCUCUUCUCCUCGAGAUAGUGCCGCCAGAGAAGGAGCUAUGGAGCAAGUCGAUGAGGGAUCAGAGAAGACGUUACCACAGCCUGGUAGACACUCUUAUGAAUGAGUUGGAUCGCCUGGAAUCCUCCUCGUCUGCCAGCUUGGGGGUAGACGCCUUGUUGUCGAGCAUAGCCCGCGACACCCGCGGCCUUUCAACAGACUUCUGGCACCGCCCCGUGUCAUAUCGAAAUUCAUCGCCUUUGCGUCCGCUCUGUAGUGAAGACAGAAUGGGGCAGGUACGCAGGAGCAGCGAAGAGAGCGACGAGGAGAGCGAAGAUGAAGGCACCCCGGCACCACUUCUCUCUCGAAGGUCCCUGUUUCAGCGACUGGAGACCAUUUCUGCGAGAGAACACCAGGCGCCUAUCAUCACAGCCACCCCACCCGUCGCACCCCCAUCGCCUCCAGAGUCCCCUGCCGCCUUACUAUCCCCUAAAAUCACACUCUCACUAGAUCAUUCCCCUGCUUCGCCUAUCCUCUCACGGCUCAAAAGUAGACGCCCUGCUCCUCUAGAAACCUCCGGUCUCAAACCCACCGGGGAGGGCGAACAGCCGUCCCCAAUUGUCCUGCAUUCUCCCAAACCUUUGCCCAAUGGGUCAACUCCCCACCUACCCCCCGCGUUGUUCCAUCCCGACGACAACAGGGAAGCCAUCACACGACUGAUUUAUGUCUUUAGCCGGACAAAUCCUCAGUGGACGUAUCGGUCGUCUCUGAUCGACAUUGCUAGCCACCUGUACAUCAUCUACUCUGGUGGAAUGCAAAGCCGGACGCGGUCGAACGACUUGAUCCUAGACUGGGCUGAGGAGUAUACUUUCUGGGCGCUGUCCGCCUUGAUUGGAGAUAUCGAUACGUUGGUGGAUGAAGAUGGGAUGUACAGCACUAUGAACAAAUUCGAACGCCGAUUGGAAUGGAUGAAUCCGCCCCUCUCCUCCAUACUUCGCGACCGGAGUGUAGAGCCACACCUAUACGUCAACCGCUGGUUCACCUCACUCUUUACGAAAGAUAUAUCGCAAAUCAGAGUCCCUCUUCUGUUUGAUUAUGUCCUGUCGGAAAAGCUGUCGACGCCGGGGAGUCAGGCGAAAGUGGAUAGAGUGGUGGAUAUAGGCGUGGCGAUGGUGCUUCUUGUCAAAGAUCAGCUGGUCAAACCGCCUCCCAAGAAACCGAAUCGCUCGCGCCAGAGUCAAAGUAUGUGGGACGACGCCCUCGACCAGGAUGAAGCAGACAACGAGGAUAUCAGUGUCGCUCUCGGCCGCAAUCUGCGGCUCCUCAGGACUUAUCCCCUGAAAGAUGUGGGUGGGCUGGGGGCAGUGCUCAGUGAGGCAGAAGAUUUGGGUUUGGAGAGGAUGAAGUCGCUCCAAGCGGGGGUGGACCCUGACAGGGUAACCUUACCGCCAAAGCGGUCUUUUCCUGUUGCGACUCCUUCAAAAUCUGCUACAGAAUCUUCCUGGGGUAAGACUGUCGGUUCUCUGUGGUCUUCCUUCACGACACCGUCACCCUCGAAACAGCAGAGUCAUUCAGCUCUGCGCAAGCUCGAGCUCGAAGCGAGCGUGUUUGAGCACCAGUCACCUGCCUCUUCCACCACCUCUCUCCCUCAAAGCUUGAAGCCUAGGAGCGACAGCAUGGCUUCCACCACCUCCGCCACCCUCCCAGCAACGCUUCAGGAAAAGUUUGCUAGCCUCUCCAAACACUUUUCGCCCGGCUCCAAACAAGACAGCAACAAGCCGGAGACGCCUUCAAGCCUGCCCAGGCCUCUGCUAUUGUCGGGUUCUGCCAAGACUAGAAGACCGAGUCAUUCUCAGCCGAGGUCAAGAGAAGGGUCCCUUUCGGGCGCUUCUCCCCGACACUCGCCUUCUAUCGAUGGGCUGCCAAAUUCCGCAUAUUCUCCGUCUCGUUUCUCAAAUACACCCUCGACUCCGGGAUCAGCUGAGCUCAGCGACCCGUUGAGCCCACCACAAAGAGGGAGAUUUGGCAAUAUAUCCUCUGGGUAUCCUAGCCGCCCCAAUUCGCUCCAUGAACAUACACCCGGGGGCCUGUAUAGAAUAGGCAGUCGGCAGAGGAGUUCGUUGGUGCAAGAGCCGACGUUGGCAAAGGAUAUCACAAUGGCGCUGGAGCAGAAGGAAGGAGGAUGUGGCCAAUCCCAAGGGGCUCAGGCUGCGAAGGAUGAUCGCGAUCCAGGGGAUGCAGAGCAAUGCAUAUAA